AUGAAUCCUGAUGACCGCGAGAAAACAGCGUUCAUUACGGAUCGCGGGACUUAUUGCUACAAAAUAAUGCCUUUUGGCCUUAAGAACGCCGGCGCAACAUACCAACGACUCGUCAAUCGAAUGUUCGCUGAUCAACUCGGAAAAACAAUGGAGGUUUACAUUGACGACAUGCUCGUCAAAUCCCUCCACGCUAACGACCAUGUCGACCAUCUUGAGGAAUGCUUCGCUCGGCUGAAUUCACAUAACAUGAAACUAAACCCGGCCAAAUGCAGAUUCGCCGUAGCAUCGGGAGAAUUCCUCGGAUACCUGGUGACUUAUCGCGGGAUAGAAGCCAACCCAAAACAGAUCGACGCGCUCAUCGGGAUGCCCUCUCUCAAAAACAAGCGAGAAGUACAAAGGUUGACCGGGAGGGUCACAGCACUCAAUCGGUUUAUAUCCCGAUCAACGGACAAAUGCUUACCCUUCUACGAUGUCCUGCGGGGAAACAAAAAAUUUGAGUGGUCAGAUGAAUGCGAAGACGCUUUCAAACAGCUAAAGCACUAUGUGGCAACUCCUCCAGUUCUCGCAAAACCCGUAUUUGGGGAACCUCUAUUCCUAUACAUAGCAGUAUCGGCAACUGCCGUUAGCGGCGUCCUAAUACGGGAGGAACGUGGGGAUCAGAAACCCAUCUUCUACGUAAGCAAAACACUCCUGGACGCCGAAACUCGUUAUCCCCUGAUGGAAAAAUUAGCGUACGCAGUCGUAACAUCGGCGCGGAAGCUUCGACCUUAUUUUCAAUCCCACACUAUCGUCAUCGUUACAACGUUCCCCAUCCGAACUAUCUUGCAUAGUCCGAGCCAGUCGGGAAGAUUAGCCAAAUGGGCCGUCGAACUCAGCGAGUACGAUAUAGACUAUCGCCCCAGAACGAGUACAAAGUCUCAAGUCCUCGCAGAUUUCUUGGUGGAGUUGCGAACCAAAGCCAUAACUAAUAAAGAGCCUAACUCAACUUGGCUCCUCCACGUUGACGGAUCGUCGUCGAAACAAGGAUCCGGCAUCGGCAUCCGUUUGACGUCGCCGACCGGAGAGAUCCUCGAACAAUCGUUUAGAUUAGAGUUCCACGCCUCGAAUAACGAGGCAGAGUACGAGGCCCUUAUUGCGGGAUUACGACUAGCCCAUGGUUUGAAGAUACGAAAUAUCCAUGCUUACUGCGACUCUCAACUCGUUGCAAGCCAUCAUAGCGGGGAAUACGAAACCAGGGACGGAAGGAUGGAAGCAUACCUCAAACUAGUCCAAAACUUAUCCCAGGACUUUGAUUCUUUCGCCCUGACCAGAAUUCCUCGUUCCGAGAAUACGCAAGCAGACGCACUCGCAGCCCUGGCAUCGAGUUCAGAUCCGGGACUUAAAAGAGUAAUCCCGGUAGAGUUCAUUGAACAUCCGAGCAUUGGAUCUCCCGUCGUCAUCAAUCUUAUUCAAGAUGAUAACGAGGAAGAAAUCGCAGUCGAAUCAGAAGAAACGCCAGAACAAAACGAAUAUGGCUGCGAUACGCCGUGGCUAGAGGCGAUACGAGCAUAUAUCAUCGACGGAAAAUUACCUCCCGAGAAGUGGGCGGCUCGAAAAGUCCAAACCCAAGCCGCCCGUUAUGUAACGGUCGACGGAGAAAUUUACAAAUGGAAAUUCUCUGGACCACUCAUGACUUGUUUAGAAGGACAUAAGGCUAGAAAGGUAAUGGAAGAAGUUCACUCUGGUUCCUGCGGAAAUCUUUCCGGCGGAAGAUCGCUCGCCGUAAAAAUAAAACGCCACUGGUAUUACUGGCCAACGAUGAUCGGAGACUGCGAAAAAUUCACACGAAAAUGUGAAAAAUGCCAGAGGCACGCUCCAACUAUUCGGCAACCUGCGGAAGAACUCUCCUCCAUUACGUCGCCAUACCCCUUCAUGCGCUGGGCUAUGGAUAUCGUAGGACCUCUUCACAAAUCCAAGCAAAAACGCUUUCUGCUGGUCCUCACAUAUUUCUUUUCGAAAUGGGUAGAAGCCAAAUCUUACGCAAGUAUAAAGGACGCACAAGUCGAAAAUUUCGUAUGGAAAAACAUUAUCUGUAGGCAUGGAAUCCCAUAUGAAAUAGUAACGGAUAACGGAUCCCAGUUCAUCUCUACCCGCUUCGAAGCAUUUUGCGAAAAAUGGAAGAUACGAUUAAACAAAUCAACUCCCAGAUAUCCGCAGUGCAACAGACAGGCAGAAACAAUCAAUAAGACCGUCCUUGACGGACUUAAGAAAUGCCUGGACGAAAAGAAAGGGAGAUGGGCGGAGGAACUCAAAGGAGUCCUCUGGUCACACCGCACAACUCCGAGACGAGGAACAGGAGAAACACCCUUCGCCCUUGUAUAUGGCACCGAAUGCAUGAUUCCCGCGGAAGUCGAAUUUCCCAGGAUCUGUAGACGGCUUCUCCCAGAACGGGAAGAAAUAAACAAUGCCAUGCUAUUGGAUAACCUUGAUCUCGUCAAUGAGCAACGGGAUCGGGCCCUAACCCGAAUCCAAAAUUAUCAACAUGCAGCUGCAAAAUACUAA